AUGUUUGUGAUCGAACAACUCGCAGGUCUUGAUCAAGUCAAUCAAAUGCCCGUGUUUCAAGAGGCCACUAGCGACACGGUGCAAGCGGUCUUGGAAGAAUCAGCCAAACUCACGGGCGAAGUGAUUGGACCUUUGAAUGUCGUGGGUGACCGGGAUCCGAGUUUUUGGAAUGCCGACAAAACCGUGACGACCACGCCUGGUUUUAAAGAUGCUUUUAAACAAUACGUUGACGGAGGCUGGCAAGGACUUGCCAUUUCUGAGCGCGCGUACCAACAAGCGGUGACCUUUGCCAAGGAACGCGUUCAAUCCCGCGAUUUAAGUGGUUCAGCAGGCCCUGUGACCAUCAUCCAUCACCCUGAUGUCAAACGCAUGUUAAUGACCAUGCGUGCAACAAUUGAAGGCGGACGAGCCAUGGCAUACCUAGGUGCUGCUUAUUAUGACUUUGCUCACCACCACCCAGACCCAGCCGUACAUGGUGGCAUGGGCUUCAUUGAAGAAACUGGCGCGGCACAACAUUACCGAGAUGCCCGCAUUUUACCCAUCUAUGAAGGUACAACCGCUAUCCAAGCUAAUGAUUUAGUUGGGCGCAAAACCCUGCGUGACGGUGGCAAAACUGCCAAAGCUGUUUGCGCCUUAAUUGCCAAAACAGAAAACGACUUAGCCGCCUGCACCACCAAACAAGCUAAGGAUAUGGCUAAACAACUCGGUCUAGCUCGUCAAAACCUAGAACAGGUUAUUGAUUAUGUUGUUCAAAAUGGCAAAUCAGACAUCAAAGGGCGGGCGGCGCAGAUACUGCAAGCCUGUGGCUUGGAAAGUUAUCACAGUGUCAAUGUGCUUGAAAAUGAAGAGAUUCGCCAAGGUAUCAAAACUUAUGCUAAUUGGCCAACGAUUCCACAGCUCUAUAUCAAGGGGGCAAUCGAUGAGUCGAGCUUUGCCUGUGGGGGUUGCAAAUUGGUGAUCGAGAUAAAGCCUCGCUUGCCCCUGCGCAAGUUGAUCAAUGGCUUGAUGGCGAAACGGCCAUUGUUGUGGACCUUGGGUCUCUAA